GGUAGGUUAUUUGUACUAAAAGUACAAAGUAACACAACAAUACGAACAACAUAGGUGCAUAUGUGGAACAUGGAAGUUUCUGAGAUAUCUGACAAUACUGAUAAAACGAUUUUAGAAGAGCAGCAGGAUGCAAGGGCCAACCUAAGGGAGAGAUAUCUCAGAUGCUUAAUCGGAUUGUCAGGUUCAGAAUGCACAAUGAAGACAGUUGAGGGUUCUGAAGUUCGUGGAGUUUUCCAAGGGAUGGAUAUUAAUGGACAGGAGAUCUUUGUAAAGAACUUAUCGACUCCGUUAGGGGAGCUUAAAAGUGCUCUGGUCAGAACUGUGGACCUGUUGAACAUUUCUGUGUCAAACUUUAAAAACGAAAUAUCAAAUUUCAUACAAGAGAGUUUUACAGCCAACUAACUACAGGUUUUGUAGAUGAAUAUGUUGGCCCAAGCGCCCUAAGUGACUAUAUCACAGUUCCUUUAAUUGUAUUAUAAAUUAUUAUAUUUUUGUAUUAUAUGUGUAAAUGAUGAA